AUGCAGGAGCCCACGUCGAGGGGGGAGUUUGGGCGCAAGACCUACUUUCUGAUGGGUCACUACAUGCCAGCAGGCACUGGCACGCCCGUCAUCUCCGUUGCGCUUGCAGCUGGCCACGGUCACUCCGGGCAGGAUGGCCGACUGGAGCUGUGGUUAGGGAACGACUGCAAGGCUCCAGACAACGAAGAGGAAGUUGCUGAUGGCAAGACCGCAAGCGAGCUGGCACUUGUGAAAGCUGGGGUUUGGAUGCAUGUGGUGGUCUCGAUCCAACACCGCUCCGUCUCUGCAUACUUGCAGGGCGAGAAGGUGGUGGAGGCGAAGCUUCAAGGCCGCAUACAGCUCUCCUCGCUACCGCCUGAACCAUUGCGUGCCGUGUGCUUUGUCGGCUUCCCGCCCCCGGAGUUGCUGAACUACCAGAGUUCCAUCAGCAUCAUGGAAGGUCUCAUUGCCCACAUGACCUACCAUGAUGAGGGCCUGACUAGGAGUCAGGUUUACAACGCCUACUUCAGGUCGCGGCACAUGCUCCCGACGGAGAAAGACAUUCUACCUUUGGAGGAAGCCAACGAGCGCAGUGAGUCCAUUAUGUACCCGUUCCAUCACCAACAACCAUCCCCGCUCAUGUGGCUGGUGAUCUCGGACAAGUGGCAUCAGGUGGACACGGUGCUCUUUGCUGUUCUCAACUCGAAGACCUACUUGCAGCGUCAUGGAAGGGACAAGGGACCUCAAGAGAUGGCACGUUCGCUGCGCAUGGCAGCCAUCCAGCUCCUUAUGAACAUCUUCGAUCUCGAAGCUGUCGUUCCGCAUCGGCUGAGACAGUAUGCCCUGAAUUUCUCCAAUAUGAAAUCAGUGACACAAACGCCCUUUCGCCUCGGGAUUUCUGAGGACAGCUUCACCCUCGAUUUCAAGCUUCGCUUUCGUGGCUAUGCUCUCCUGGAAGAGGGUGCAAAGGUCCAAAGCAUCAUCUCCUGCUUUGCGAAGAAGGGCAGUGCGGACAGGGAUCAGUUCCGCAUCGCGCUGGAGGCCACCGCCGCUCAAAGCUCUGAGGAGUGCAUGCUGGCCGGUGAAGCGACCGGAAAGCCGCAGGCUUGGCACAUCGUGUUCUGCUACAACGGACAGCCAACAAUCCUCCCAGUGCCCCCGAUGGCAGGGGAAUGGCUUCAUUGCGCCAUCAGCUAUGCUGAUGGCCACACAGAGAUGUGCUGCUCUUGGGAUGGAGCUCCUGCGCGGAAGGUUGAGGCAGACUACAGCAAGGUGGAUCAGCGGGUAAGCACCGACGGCUACAUCGGCGUGGAGGUGACCAAGAAGCACAUCAUCAACAACUUGCUGUGUGACAUUCAUUACUUCCGGGCUUGGAAGUCCUCCCCAGGCGUCGAGAAGGUCGUGUCCAGGUACGCAGACGCAGAUGCUCCAGAUCCAAUCCUGUCUUCAGGGGACAACGUUUACACGAUGACCGUGGCGGCUUGCAUCCACGAAGACAAGGGCUACGUACUGGACCUGAUACCGAAAGAUCGGCUGCCUGGAACGAAGGUCAGCGGGAGGAACUUCACGAUGUUUCCGGCAGUGCGUGCCAGGCUUGCCGUCACCUCCGACUACACUGGUGCUAUGCUUUGUUCCGUGCAUCAUGCACCUCGGUACGUGGCGCCUCAUCCAUCCUUGCGUCUAGGGCUGGUUCAGUCGCAAGACGUUGCAGCACGUGCAGCAGCCGAAGCUUCGGAGGCUGGCAAAGCGAAGGCAAAGCCUCCGUCCUACACCGCCAGGGUCGCCGCCGAGAAGUUCGCGUCUGUCCAAAUUCGUGCAUCUGUUCCAGAUGCUGCUGCGAAGGCGGGUGUGCCAGCAGGCCAAGGAUGCUGGGCGUGUUGGCGGCCUUGUUACGAGCAGCAUGCGUCACAGCAGUUCUCUUGGGUGAUCCACCACUCCUCGGAUGUGAACGGCCAGACAAAGCGCGAGCAGUCAUGGGUGGGACUGCUCGAUGAAGCAGGAGGAGAUUUUUACCGUUUCAACUGUUUCGAUCUGGAGGCUACUGCAGAUCCGCGACUGAUGCAGCAAAGCCCGGAUGGCCGCCUGGACCAUGUAGUCGACAAAAAGAAGGCUAUGGCGAAAGCAGCUCUUCGCCGACGUGGGAGUACAGUCGCUUUGCAGGUGGUCAUGGAGCUUCAGACGAGAAUCUGUUGGGUAUCCGUGUUCAUCAAUGACACGAUCAUUGAUGCCCGAAUUCUUCGUCUUCAACAUCGACGUAAACUUCGAUGUGCGGUCUUCGUGGGUUCGCCUGGUCAGCACUUUUCCUCUUUGCCGGUCCUUUUCACGCAAUGCUCGUACGGUCAGCUCCUGUACCAACUGCCGGGGAAGCCACAGGACCGCUUCUCGAAGUUCAACUUUCCGAUGCUCGUGUGGCCAAGCUUCGAGUCAAAUCUUCAAGCUCCCACUCCGGGCGAUCGCACCUCUGUGUAUGCCUGCUACGCGGAGAUGGCCGAGUCAGAGGCCAUUCCUUUCGAGCAUCCUGCGAAUGAUCGGGCUCGUCGACGAGUUCUGGGAAGACUUGCGCAGCCAAAGCUAGAGCUUUCACGCCAAGUUGUCGAGACUGCCACUGCGGGAUGCAUGGUGGAGCGGAGCACUGGCCUUUGUGGCUUUCCUGGAGACAUGUUGCUGCUGGCUUCGCUAAGUGCGGCCGACGAACUGUGGAAGCUGAUUGGCAAAUCAGGCGGAGACUUGGGUAAGGCGGUGCAGUCGAUUUGUGCUCUGCAGCUACAGGGCAGCCGAAAUGAGGUGACCCAAGCUCUCGAGCAGAAGCAGGUGGCCAUGCAAGUUGUCCAAAUUCUGCUGCGGUAUCCUCACACCUACGAUCAAAUGGUGCGUGAGGGCUAUGUUGCUCUUCUGGUACGCGAAGUCUGCGAUCCGCCGCAGCUGGAUGACGCCGAGACAAUCUCGCUUUCAAGUUCGGUCUCUGCCAAAAUCAUGAGAACCAGCCAGCGCUUAGCCACCUGGUCAACAAGGCGAGCAGCUGCUCUGGCUCUUUUCCGGACGAUGCGGCUCAGGAGCAGCCUCCUGUCCGCCAAAGAUGCUCCGGAUCUGAUGGAGACGCUGUCGCAGACCAUGGACAAGCUGGCAGCUGUCAGAGAGGGAUUGGCUGCAAAGCUUCCUGGAGAAGGCCAGGAGUCGAAGCAGGCAGUCGCAAUCGGCUCUCAGGCUGCGGAGGACAAGCAGGUCAUCAUUACAGCCCUAUCUGGUGCCGUGAAUAUCGUGCGGUCCAACCUCUCGAAAUUCUCAGAGGCCCUCGCCAUGAGCCUGCAGGGUGCAGGGGUUCCCACGAGCCUGGAGAGCCAAGACCCGGCCCUGGUUCGCAACAUCCUGCGGACACUGAUCCGGAUGGUGGCCUUUGAAGACUGUCCGACCCGCUUUGUGGAGUCCCAGCACACCUCGUCCGAGCUCAUGCGCCACCCGACAGCGAGAGUGUUCCGCUGCCAUAUUCCAAUGGCCACCACUCUUAGUGUCGAACUGGAUCCCAUUCCGAUUGGGCGCGGUGCUGUCAAGAUCUUCGUGGAAGGUGAGCUUGCAGCGUUGUUCAACAAGACCAUGCAGAUGAAGGUUGGCUCCUCCACACCCACCUACAUUGAGCUUUCCGGUGACAGCUUCGAGUGGCAGUUUAUCUACGAUUUGGACAAGGUGUCAGCUGACAAGGAAGCAGUGCAGCUGGGAACGGGUGGCAGCAUGGAAGCCCUGCAGAAGACCACGGAGGCAAUCACUGAUGAGAACCUCGGCUAUCGCUUGUAUGUCCUCCCGUGCUUUGAAGCCACGACUCUGGAAGAGGUGAAGGAAAAGCGUCAGCUGGUGAUGGAUCAGCAGCUCCUCGUACACCAAAUCGUCAAGCUGCACUCCAAGACCGUGGAUGGUGGCCUAGUGGGUGCUGACAAGGCGCUGCAGGAGGAGAUCGACAGCGCUGUGCUGGUGCUGCUUUCUUACCUGGCACACCUCGGGGAGGAUGAGCCGCACGCAGCCAUCACUUCGGAGGCAGAGAUCUUCUCGCUCAUGUACAAUGUGCUCUUGAGCCGGCCAUCCGUCGCUGAUCUCCGAGAUCCCGCAAAGCGAAUGUCAAUGACGGACGAGCACGUGGCAGCUUCCAGGUUCUACUACGGGCUGUCCCUUUCCGAACAGGGCCGCAGCAAUUUCGUGCAUUAUCAGCAGGCUGUCGAGAAGGUUGUUGAUCUAGCAGCGGAGGAGUCCGCAAACAGCAUCGGAGUUGGUUACGCACCAGGAUCCGUGGUGGAUCCGCAUGAGGUAACCUGCCACGAUCGCGGGUACAUCAUCAAGACCUUGACGAACUUCUCUUGCACUCCCGCUACGUGGACGUUGCCCAACACACUUCUGCUCCUGAGGCCCGACUCCGAAGUCCUCUUUACAGAGUGCGAGUUUGCCCGCGGCAGUACUUCCUGGAGUCUCAGCUUCCACACCUACCUGAACGAAGAAUUCAACAGUCCGGGAAAGGUGGCAUGGAUGGUCUACAAGGGUUUCACGGCGAGUGAUAUCCAGAUGGCCGUUGGAAUCUCAUCUUCAGAGACAUUGGGAAACCGAGCAGGUCUUCACCCUCUCGUCUUGAGGUUCACCCACAAUGCGGCACCCUACCAGUUCGUGAUAAAGACGAAACCCAUGGAAUGCUUCAAGUGGACUCACCUCUGCAUCUGCUUGGACCACUUCGUCCUGAGCCUCGCUGUCAACGGUGAGCUGACGUGGGCAGAGGAGAUCCCGAACGAGAUCCAGCUGAUGUGCUCCUAUGGGACGGCUGACCUUUGCAUCGGGUGCCCGGGCUGGGAGUUUGACCGGGCGGAGAUUCCCCACGCGUGGAUCUACUGCGUUAACAUCUUCGGCUUCAAGUCCCUGGAGCCCAACGAGGCGCUCUUCAACAAGCGCCGCGAGGAGCUCAUCGCCUGGAAGAGUACUCACGAAGAGUUCGAUGAAUCUGAACUUGGGCGAAGCGGUGUGGACCUACUGCCAAAUCCAUUGAGCAUGCCGGUCGCUGUGCGUGCCAGCUUCGACACCCGACAGGUGGUGGCUGCCCGGCAAGGUGUGGAGGUGCUCUGCGAGUUGCUGUCGGGCGGCUCUGAGGCCCAGCGCCGGAGCGCCGUCUUCGCUCUCCGCAACCUGGCUGACCCCGCAGUCACCGCUGGCCUGCGUCGUGUGGUGCACAUGCUCAUGGCCGCACCACCUGGGAGAGAACGCCGCGUGGAGGCAGUCUACCGGCUGUUGCAGACUUGCCAGGAGGCGUCGACGUUUGCCGCUGCGGCAGAGCUGGUCACGAACAUUCUGAACUGGGAGCCCCCUCUCGGCGAGAAAGGUGUCGAGGACAGCAUCCGACUGGAGCUGAUUAGGAAUCUCAUCGCCCCACCGAUCGAUCCAGUCGACCAAAUCGUAGACAAGGCGCGACUAGAAGACCGAGCUCCUCAUGUCACGCAGCGGCUGAUGACCUCGGUCGAAAUCCGCCGCAACGUGGAACUCAUGGCUGAUCCCAAGGCAAAUGCCGUGGAGACCUUCUUCAUGUAUCUUUCAUGUUCGCAGAGCCUCACAGUGACAAGAACCCUGGAGCUGCUGAUUCGGUUGGUUUCUCGAUCAACGAGCGAGAUUCGAAGGACCUGGGCCGAAGACAUGUGCCAGUCUCACCACUUCAAGCGUCUCAUGGAGAUGGUCAUGCAGCAAGGUGACCGGCGAGUGCGGGGCCUUUACGAGACAUUGUUGGGCUUUGUGCUGAAGCAAUGUGACCAGACUCGCCUCAUGGAGACUGUGACUUCCUACUCAGAGGAUGAAAUCUCCGCAGAAGAGCGCUUCUACAUCGGCAAGAUCCUCUACGGGUGCCUGUCCUGUGUGAAAUCCAUGCAGGAGACACGCCCUCUGCUGGCUCCUGCGCUGGCAGAUGCCAUGAAACCAGAGCAUGCGCAGGGCGUGAGCCGCAUUCGAAAGCUGCAGAUUCAAGGGGCGCCUGGAAUUGCUGUGGAGUGCAUACCGCUCCCACCGCUGGUUGGAAAUGUGAGAACGCAGGUCAAACUGUGGCAGCCGGACAAGGAACAGCUCUACCCUGUUUGCAAGAACCCCAACGAGAUCUUCAUCUGGAUCUCGCACAGCGAGUCCGAGCUGGACCAGCCUGUAGAGCGUCGCGAGGUUCCUCCCUGCGUAGUGGUGAUGUGCCACACCCAGCCGAUGCCGAAACGCGGUGAGGAGAUGCGAGAGGAGGUGACCCAGCGCUACGAGGGAACCACGGCAGACAAGAUCCUGUGCAAGAGCCUAGACUUUGCAGAUUCUAUCUACUACCAGGUUCAGUUCAUGGGUGGGCGCGCCAUCCAGCCGUUCGUGGAGCAAGAGGACGCGGAGUUGCUGCAAGACGAGCCACCCCGCGUCGUUCUGAAGCUCCUUUGCACCAACAUGGUCAUGAAGGACAUGACAGAGCAGAAGGUGAAGCUGAAUUGCAAUGCUGCCUUCGCCAUCAUUCCCAACCGAAGCCAGACAGUUGCGGAGUUCAUUUUCAAGCAGGUGGAAGAUAUUGAAGAAGAGCUGCUGCAGGAGCUGGCACAGGCGAAAGGAGAGCAGGACACAGAGGAGGGCACAAAUGACGAGGUCACAGAAGGCAUGGCCCUGCCUGAAGAGAUGGUAAUCCUGCAGCAAGACCCCUCCAAGACGGUCAUGUACCAAGAAGAUGUCUUGCGCUGGGCACGCGCUGCACGGAUCGCUAGGAAGAGUCUUGAGGGUAUCGGCGAUGGAUCAGUUGUCAAUGGCGGACAGGACAUAGAUGCUUCUAAGGACGACAAUGCAGAGGCAGCAGCUGCUGCAGCCCUGCGGGGAUCCAGUUCCUAUGGACGCGUUGCUGAAAAGCUACGACCAAUCCAGCGAUUCUUUGCGCUGUGUUUGGUCGCGAUGACAAAGGCUAGCUUGUCGCGCAUGUCCGAUGCCAGACAGCGGCUCAUUGAGCUAAUGGACUCUCUGGAUUCAUACACUGCGCAGGCCAUUUGUGAGGCCAUUCUGGAGUUGCUGACGAUGCCGAAGAACAUCGGAUUAUUCUCCAAAAGCAGCAUCGACAAAACGCUGAUGAGCAUGGAGCAAACGUUCCAGCAGCCGGAAUCCGCCGAGAGAUCUCUCAUCGCUUUUGCAGACAUCCUCUGGAAGUAUCUGAAGCCGGACUCGCGCCUCGCCGAGGAUGGCUUGAAGGCUUCUGUGCGGAUUGUGCGGCCUCUACUCGAGUUACUCUCCCGACCUGACACGAGCAAGGAGCAGAAGUCGAAGAUUUUUACCAUCAUUCGACAAGGCAUGCGCUUUUCGAUCAUCUCCACCGAUACCUUCACCCAAGGGGUAAUGAGCAAGGGCACCGGCAGCGGCAAAGACAAGCACGGAGCAAGUACGAUGCACCAAGUCCUGCGCCCCAUGGACUCGAGCUUGGAGGCAGUGGGGCAAGAAGAUGCGCGUGACACUGGGGAGCUCUUCUUCGACUUGAACCUGUGCUUCAGUGCAGCAUCCGUGUUGAAGUAUAUCUGCUGCACUACCAGCCCAGAAGAGCAUUCGCAGCUCAUCCAGUUGGAGGUCGUGCCGAAGAUGAUGAGGAUCCUCAGCGUCAUCCGAGACUUCUUGCCAAGGUUUGCCAACUCGAAAGCCAAUUUCAACUACGACAUCCCUGGCUUCUGCACAAAUCCGCAGACCAACACGCUGUACAAAUCAGUCUACCGUUUGCUGCCUUACACAGCGAGCACGCGCCUCUUCCGAGAAAUUUGCGGUUCCAUCUCAAACUGCUGCCAGUGUUUGUCCAAUCUGAUGCAGGACCAGUUUCCGACAACGAACUGCAUUCCACUUAUCCAGAUGUUGGCAUUCGACGAGGGCGAUGGUCUGCGAGACUUGUAUGAUAUGUUGCGGAAUGUCGAGGUUGACAUUGGCAUCAACGACCAGUCGCUUCUCGCGGAUCUGCAUCCUGACAUCACGCUGAUGGUGGAGUCGCUCCGAGCGAUCACGAUGAACUGCAACCGGAAAAUGCGAUCCAGGGUGCUCGAGGUGAUGUACACGGCCUUGCACCCGUAUGGCCCCGUUCUGCCGAAGAUCAACUCCAAGAAGCAGGACAUCAAGGAGCUCAACCAUGAUUACCGGAUCCUCACCUACCUCAAGAACUCGGGGGCUGAAGCAGAUGAGAAGCGUGAGCAUUUCUUCCUCCCAUCCCGGAGCGAAAGGGCAUUCUCCUUCUCAGUCUGGUCUCGAAUGGACAAGGGCAUCUCCACACAGAUUCGCAUCGAGUGGGACUGCUCGUCGUCCUCCGAGUCCACCCUGGACCUGAAGCGGAUGGUUGAAGAGGGAAAAGACGUGCUUCCCAUCGAUGCGUCCUUUCGCAUCGUACGAAAGCAGCAGGACGACCACUUGCGCCUGCGGUAUGAGGAGGUGCGCGAACUGAGGAAUGCAAACAUGCAAAAGCGCCGCCGCGUAUGGAAUUGGACAGACAAAGGAGGUGCCGACACGCCUCCAAGGCCUCUGAAGGACAUGAAAGAGCUCAAAGAGCAGAAAGGCUGGGCCUUCCUAUCCUUCAUCAUGGAGAUCGAGGAAGAAGACCGCAACAAGAGGGUCAGCUCCGACAAGGCAGAGGAUGCCAUCGAGGAAGCCGGGGGGCUAACAGACGCAGCGGCCAGGGAGAAGGCUGCAGGUGACACACGGGCCGUUGCUCACUUGCAGGUCUUUUAUGGCCUUGCCAAGAGCGCCAAACCGGCUCGGCCGCGUGCGCUUGAAAUAUCCAAGCCGCAUUACGAGUAUCAGGUGCAGGACCAAAACAUCAUUGGGGCAAGCCACUUCACUUUGACGACUUCGUCCCUCGGAGAAGGUACUCCUCUUGGAAACGCAGCCGCCGGUGCCACAUCGUCUGCUGCUGGAAACCAAAGUUUCAAUGGGUCUUCACCACGUGCCGCGACUUCCGCACGUAGCCGACCAGAGUCUGUCGCCGGGAGCAUCAAAGGCACAGAAGUCUCGCAGGCAGUCUCUGCUGCUACCUCCAAUAAUGUGACAAAGGGCUUGAACAACCAGACGGCCCCUCCACUACUUGACGAAGAUUUCGUGAGAGUCCAACUGGAGUCAUUCUUGCCCCUGCUGAUGCCCUUCAAGACAAACAGCGCGGCUAACGCCGGUCUUCUGACGAUCUCGCCAUACGAGGUGAACACUCCUGAGCGCCGAGAAGCAGCGAGACGAGCCAUCAUGAUGCCGGAUGUCUUCCUUUCAAGGGACCUGGUGCCCGAGCUGGUGCCUUGCUGCCAGGUUGCGACCACGACAGAUUUGUUGAGUACGCUCUCCGCUCACACCUUGUACCUGCUCACUAUGGCCUUUGCACGGCCCGAGCCAGCAGACUCUGCGGAGGAGGCAGACUGCACGAUCAAGCUUGGCCAGUUUCAGCAAGUCUUGGAGCAGUUUCGAAAGAAGUGUACAAACGGCACGGCAGAGGAGAACUUGGGAGGAAUCAGAGUCAUCGUGGAUGUUCUGUGGAAGCUGUUCACACGCAGGAAGACGGUGGUGAGUGAGGAGGAGUACAAGGAGUUUGCACAGAACAAAGACAGCCUGCAAAAGGACCCCUACUAUUGGGUCAAGUUUGUGCAACGUAUCCUGGAGUUGUUGACGGACCUGUGCAUUGGCCCUGAUGGCAGCGCCAUCAACGAAAUCCAGGAUUUCAUUACCCGGGAGCUGAUACAGACAAGCGAGGCUCUAAGCAUCCGACGGCGACCCGCGCCCGAGUGCUGGGACAAUGUUUGGGCGAAGACGCGUAUCACUGUGGAUGAUCACUUGCAAGCCCGGGCAGAGAUCGAAAGGAAAUCCGGAUUUGUCGGUAGCGGCAAGGGCUUGCAGCAGCUGAUGAGCCAGAAGGAUGAGUUCACGUUGCUGAAGCUCGGUACCUCCAUCUUCUUCGACAACUUCGAGAGUGCUUUGGUACAGGCGCCUGAAGCCGAAGACGAGGAGGACUUGGCACAGCAGGUGCGGAACAUGAUCUGCAGCAUGAUGCAUUCAAGCCACAAAGCCGCAUGCGGUCCCCACUGCGACGCGGCCCGGAACGUCAAAGCUAUGGCAGGCUUGGAAGUGUCACAAAGCGAGGCUCUUGACACCCGGAGGGUUUUGUGGAUGCAGCAGCGGGCCCAGCCACCUCGCUAUGAGGGGCGCGGCUACUUCCGGGACUUGGAGUUUCACCAGCCGAACCAGAUGAUCCAGCCAUGCAAGGUCGCCCCCCGUAUUUCUGAGGCGCUCGUGAAUCUGCUCGCCCACCUGACAGCCGAUCGCAACAUGGACAACUCACAGCUCCUGCAGGGCGUUAUUCCUCCAAGUGUUGUGCGGGGCCAACUGAUCCAACGAGAGGUGUUGCGAAAUGCUGGCCUGGUCUUUUGCCCGUCGCACCUCGCAGAGCGACGACGUCAGCAAGGUCAGAUCCACGAGAGCCGCGAUGCAGCAGACUUGAGUGAUCUUGCAGCGUCUGCCCGGCUGUCCUCCCACACGGCAUUGCUUCUGCAUGCCUUCCUUGGUCAGCCCCCCUUCGCUGAUGAAUCUGUCCGAAGCUCCGUUAUCACACAGGUGUACUUGGAUGGGACCAGGGCAGAUGAUGAUGCAAGGGGCCUUUCGCUGCCCUUGUCAACAGUUCUCGUCUGCUCACAACUUCUCGAUCAGAUGCAAGUGGCAGACCCAGGUCACAUGUGCUCAUGGCAGUUCGCCUCGCUGGCAGAGCUGUGUCGCGACAUGGCCAGUCCGGGGCCGCCACCACGGACGGACUUUUCGGAUUGCAUGGGCCAUUUGGUGAGCGUUUGGGACUUAGUGCUCAGCAUGCUGCUUUCCAAGCUCAUAGGCUCACACAGUUUGGGCUACUUCGAGCGCUUUCGCAUGGAGGCGGAGCAGCGGCGGCAGGAAAGGCAGGAACGUAUGGACAGGGGUCUCCCGGUCAACGAUGAUGACAGGGACGAUGGUAGUGUGCAAAGCUACCAGAUACGAUGGGUGACGGAACUGUUCAGCGCCAUGCACCGAUUGCUCCAAGUGCACAAGAACCUGGCCACAGACUUGUACCUGGCGGCGCUGAAAGACCUUUGCCGCCUGCUGAACAUGUGGAAACCUUCCGCGAAUUUCUUCCUCAGUCUGCAUGUCAAAGACAUGGCUCUUGGCAUUCAGCGUCCUCCACACCUGCAGAGCAACAGCCUCGAGGCCAUGGAAGCCAACCGCGGUAAACACAUCUCUGUGGAGGCUAUUGAGGAGGCUGGCAUCCGGUUGUAG